AGGCUGCACCAGUGGUCUGGACACGCAGGGGAGUGGAGGCGUGGUAUUUUCUUUUACUAAAUAACUAAACAAUCUUUAACUAUACCGUAGAACAGCGGUAACAGACGGAGAUCGAUUCCAGACAAUCCCGAUAAAUGUAUUUUAUUACAGAUAUCUGCACUAAAAUCUAUAGAAAGCGGGUCAUCUUUCUCUAGUCCAAUGAUGAAUUCUAAACGUCUGCUUGACAUGUCCGCUGUUGGAAUACGUCUCGGGGGCGCUUCGAAACAAGCCGGUAUUGAUCAGCAUGCAGAGGGGUCCAAGGGACGCAAAAUUACUGUCUCCGCCACUGCGGACAGCGGUGUCAUUCUGGCGUGCAAGAAUGGUCCCGCAACGGGAGCAGUUUUCUACAAAUUCGUGUUGGACGAUGGAUCUUUAAGAGAAUGUACAAGACAGGACACCGUUCUCAACGUGAAUGACCUGUCAUCAGGGAGAGAAAAAUACCACCUGAAUAAAGCAGGUUGUGGUGGGGAGGCAGAUGAAAGAAACAGUGGUCUGACUGGGAUCCUUACUAAUGGCAGUCCCACACACGGCCUGAUCCGGAAAGGGCAGAAGGCGGACAAACACAUGCACUCGGAGGCGAGGGACCCGCUGGUGCCCAGCGGUUGCCAGGCAACAAAUGGACAGCAAGUUCCACCUGAGGAGAGAUACCCUCAUCCCUCCUCCCAAAUACCUGUCCCCCGACGCAGGAAACCUUCAGGUCUUGCUGAUAAGGAGGUAAUGGCUGCUACCGUCCUGACAUCACUGUCCACCUCUCCUCUGGUCCUCACCCAUACCCAGACAGCCUCAGCUGCAGUUCCGGAGCCAGCCAGCAGAGGGUGGAAGGAGGUGCUGUCAACUAGCUACAGCAGCUCUACCAGUGGCAACUGGAGCUGGGACACCAGCGACCAAUCGGUGCCCUCCACACCGUCCCCGCCUCUCUCCAACGAAACCAGCAAGAGCUUCUUGCUCUCCUCCCAGAGUGAUAAUGUCAUCGACGACGUCAAAGAGAGCACGCACUUCUUGUUUGAGGACCCCAUACCCCGGAAACGAAAGAACUCCGUGAAGGUGAUGCUCAAGUGCUUGUGGAAGAACUGUGAAAAGGUCCUCAGCACCUCUUCAGGGAUCCAGCGACACAUCCGCACCGUCCACCUGGGGCGGAACUGUGACUCAGACUACAGUGACGGGGAGGAGGACUUCUACUACUCAGAGAUCGAGGUCAACAUGGACAGCCUAUCAGAGGGCUUGUCCAGCCUCACGCCCACCUCCCCCACCACUACCGGCCCUCCCCCCAUCUUCCCCCCUUUCUCCCACGCCGCCUUCGUUCCCCGCUCUGAGCCCGCCCACAUCGUCAUGAGGGGACCGCAGGGUCAUGCCCCCAGUCUGCUCAGCCAAUCAGCUCCCUCCACGCUCUGCCAUAUCCGUACUGACCACGCCUACCAGGCCACUGUUCCUGUGAGUAUUCCUGUGUGUUCGGAGCAGGCUGAUGGGAAUAGGGAUGGGAUCAGUGUGUCCUGGCAGUCCCCUCCUGUCAUUUUUAAAGGCUUAACGGGGCCGUUGACUCACAUCCGCACGGUGAGCUUCGGGGAGAAGAGACAGCCAGCCCCUCACACACAUACCACCAUCUGCAAGACACCUCCCUUUACUGCCCCUCUGCCCAAACCAGCACCAGGAAUCAGGAAACCCCGCGGAGAGGCCAAAAAGUGCCGGAAAGUGUAUGGCAUGGAGAAGAGGGACAUGUGGUGCACAGCCUGCCGCUGGAAAAAAGCCUGUCAGCGAUUCACUGACUGAACCCCAGUAUAUCACUGGGAUGGACUCUUCCUCUGCCAGCGCUUCAAUGAGGUGUCAUCUUCCACUGAGGAGAUGUGGGGGUUUCUCCGUGAUGAAGCCCCUCAGAGCACGCACUGCUUCCUCCUGACCAGCAGGGGGCUCUCUGCUCGCUUCUCCUAGUCCUCAGACAGCUGAAUUCACAAAACACAACAACUAACUGAUGAAAAAGGCAAAAAAGAAAAAUGAAUUUGGCUUUGGAAGAAUUGUUUUUCUUUCUAAUGAUGAGACUUUUUCGGUAAUCAAAAAAAAAGAAAAUAUUAUUCAAAACCUUUUUGUUUUGUAUUUUCUCAUUUUGUCUGCCUUCACUGUAGGGGAGUGGUUGAAGAUUUCAGAUAAGCUUUUUGCUAUUGUGUACGUAUUGUUUUUUACCGGUCCGAGUAUCAUGUAAGCUACUGUGUUUGGGUUUAUAAGAUCCUGAUACUGCCCUUGUCAGCCUCUUUCAAUGCAUCUCUGUUAAUGUUUUACAACUAAAAUCUCACUUCGGGGCUUUUAUUCCAAUGGAUCGUUUUCAAAUAUCAACUGUCACUCUUUUGAAAAGGGCAGUAAAGUCUACCAAAGGAAAAACAAAUCAGAAUAUCGCUGAGAAUUUAGAUUUAGAAUUAAGAUGUUAUGGAAUAACACAUCACAUGCUCUUAUAGGAAUUCAACUCAGAAACUCUAAUCACGUUGUUUGGGAAGUAAAUCAUCCAUAGAUAUGAAACACACACUCUUCCAUCUGGUUGCACCAAAUGUUACGUUUUGAAUGUACACUUUAUAAAGAUAUCUAUUUCCCUUUCUUCCUUUCUAUACCUCUGAUAUGCAUCUUUCAGAAACAACACAUCUUUCAACAGAUCACUGUAAACUUUGUAACUAAAGUGUUUCCUCUCAUUUCUUACUUCUUAUGUGUUUUCAGUGAUCAGUUGCCAAGGCAACUAGUAGUUGCAAAGUGUAAUGGCCAGGGUUUGGAAAGUCUCGUCUUGCUUUGAUUAAUCAGCUCUAUUGUUGAUAACCGUUAUCGUCGACAACAUUAAGCUCUGCUGUAACGCUGCUGGCUACUCAGUGUUCAUUUUCUGGGUAUCAUCAUGGACAUAGAAUACUCAUUCUCUGUGGGUACUGUACCAUAGUCAGUCCUACUCAACCCUCACUCCCAGUUACAGCUCUUAACUGGUAUCUGAUGCUUCCUAUGAAUUGUACCUGGAUUCCUGAUCAGACAUGAGAGCAGAUAUAAAUGUAUAUUUUUAAACAGAUGUAUUUUUCUACUCUAGCUACGGUUUCUAUUGUUGCCAGCUCUUUGAAUGUAGUCUCUGCAGGCUCUCUCUUUCUGCUCCCAACACUGACUACUAGCCAUUACACAAGUUACAACAGCACACACACACACACACACACACACACACACACACAGGACUCUAAAUGAACUGGUGCUCCCAAUUUUUAAAAGUUAGGAGCACCACAUAAAAUGUAUGAGCACCAGAUUAUAUUGUUUAAUUGAUUGAGAUGCAGCCUAUAUUAAUUCUAUCCCCUUUUGAAGCACAUGCUGUGCCCCAGAAAUGAACACCGUUUAGAUAGUUUAUAAUAAAAGCUCAAAUGUUGAUACAAAUAUCUGAAAUUUGGUAUAUAUCUGAAUAUUUGGUUUCUACAUUGUGUAAAAUCACUAUUUUCCUAUUGAGAUGCAUUACAUUGAACAUUGUACACUGUCUCUAAGCACGUCAGGUUUGUGAUGAGGACAUGCAAGAAAUCUGACAAUCAGUCAGUGCUACGAUCAUUGAUCUCCUGAAGAAGCUAUCCUUUUCCUUUCUGUGCCCCUAAAUGUUUGGAUAUACUGGUAAAGUUACCAGUUUGUUAGCUAGGUAGCCAAUGAGGUAACAUGACUGAACAAACUGUAAACAAAUGGCCAAGGGCCCGCGAGUAGCUUUAGAAUGGUGGUUUAUUAACAUAAAUUGCGGUCCUGUCGAUAGGCUAUAGAAAGAAUAACAACUGCGCUGGUAAUAUGGGUCAGAUCUUUUUAACUGGGUUAGAAACAAACUAUUUUUGCUGUAGUAAUGGUUCAACCAUGAUGCUAACUUUUUUUUCUCUAGGGGACUCGGAAUCAACAGUACUGCGAAGCCUAAUCAUUACAACAAUUAUUAUUCGGGAUACUUGUUUUUUAUAGGAGCACAGUACACCCCCCCAACAAAAAUAAUCUAGGUCGCACAGCAAAAUAUUUAUGGCCUCACUUUAGAGCCCUACGCACAGUCACGCAGGUGCACAUCCUGUAGUGCCACCUGGCCUCUUACCUCAGCUCACCUUGAACUUGUUUCGAUGACAAUGGCCACAGUCAGUGGCAGUGUUCGAUAGCAUCAUCAAAACUACUGCAGGCAACUGCCUGCCGACGGACUGAUCUACAAAUCACCUUCCAUCAUCCAGUCACAAUUUACCUAUGAUAUAUUGCGUCUUUUAUCCUAUCGAACACAGCCUAUGACUUUCCAGCCGUUGGCUGUCUUACACAUCUGUUGUCAUGUUGACACAUGCGCUCUCAGCUGUCACAUAUUCUAAUUGACAUGACAUCAGUAGCCAUUCUAAGACAGCUGGCCGUGACUGUUAUAUCUUGUUGUUUGUUGGGUACAACAAACAAGCAAUCAAACCAACGGGAUUCUUUUUGGGGCUCUAUUCAUCCAUAUCCCUGAAUCCUUACAGAUUGCGUACUGGUCAUUUCCAAUUGAGCCGACAUAUGCAGAGUUUAUGAGUGAAUGUUAACAGGGAAAGUUGCCUUUACAUUUUAAUUCCACUGUCACGCUGAACUUUCCCAAUACGUGUUCAAUAGAGCCAUGCCAUGUCAGUCUUUUCCUUGAUAACCAUUACCAACAAAUAUGGUCAUGCUUGUUGGCUAGUAACCUUGCUGUCAGGCGUUCUGUCUGAGAGAGAGAAGUCGUGUCUUACAGUACCUCACUGGUCAGAGUGGAGAGUAGGCUGGUAAUUAAUGGUCAGAAACUUCACAAGUGCCAAUGAAAAUAACAUUACGAGGAUAAAUGAUGUACCUAAAGAAAUGGCACUAACUUGCACUGCACAAAGAAAAACAUUUAUACAUGGAGAUUUUAUAUACACAGAUUUUGAAGUGAAAUUGAAUUUGAGGUUUUAUUUUGGGUCGUCACUGCUUUGGUGUUAAAAUGGGGUGUCAGGGAUGGGGCUUCUACACCUCUUGGGUCCCCCCAUAAGAACGUUCUGAACCUGGAUGUCUAGUUCUCUCUGUGUGUGGUAUACACAGCCCAAUGGGGCCCACAGUGUUGCCUGGAAUAGAGUGGUACUGGAUGCAGCCUUGGGAAAAAGGCUUCCAUAAGGGUUAUUCGGCUGUCCCCAUAGGAGAACCCUGUUGGGUUCCAGGUAGAACACUUUUUGUUUUCUAGUAGAACCCUUUUGAGUUCCAUGUAGAAGUCUCUGUGGAAAUGGUUUUACCUAGAACCAAAAGGGCUCUACAUGGAACCAAUAAGGGUUCUUCAAAGGAUUCUCCUAUGGGAACAGACGAAGAACCAUUUGGUUCUAGAUGGCACCUUUUAAGAGUGUAGUACAGCACGGUACUUUGUGAGUAAGGGUUUCUCCUCAACCUUGUUAUUGUGUCACCAAGAUAACCCCUGAAGUCACAUCUCAGGCAGUCUGCCCUAACUUGGUAUGGGGGGAAACUGGUCCAGCAUUAUCCAUCAGUCAUUCAAUGGUCGCUUGUUGUCGUCUUCGGAACAGAUCAUUUCAACGACAUGGGGUUUCCUACACAUCCUACUCAUAUACUGCUUUCAGAAACAUUGGGUUUAGUCUUGGCAAGUGGCUUUUUCACAUUUUAUUCCAGAUGAGAGAAGAGGUUUUAUUUCCUAUUUUGGACUCCUGUCUGAUUGUGAUAGGAUUUUAAGUGAGCACUUAAACACACCCCGCUCAGCUCUCUCUCAGUCCAUCCCCCAGCCAAAGCAAGCACCUGACACUUCUCCACCAAUUGACUGGCAGCAGAUUGGCCAGUCAUAAUUUUGAUUUGCAUCAGAGCAAUCAAGUCCAUUGUUCUCAAUUUCAUUCACCCUAUCCCGCCACAAACCUGUGGUAAUUUUUUAUUGCACUAAAUUUGCCUUAUGGGUCACUGGCCAGGGCUAAUGCAAAGGGAACACUCUUUAUUUAAUAAGCUUCCACUGCUGGCUUUCCUCUGAAGCUAAGCAGGGUUGGUCCCUGGAUGGGAGACCAGAUGCUUCUGGAAGUGGUGUUGGAGGUUCAGUAGGAAGCACUCUUUCCUCUGAAGCUAAGCAGGGUUGGUCCCUGGAUGGGAGACCAGAUGCUUCUGGAAGUGGUGUUGGAGGUUCAGUAGGAAGCACUCUUUCCUCUGAAGCUAAGCAGGGUUGGUCCCUGGAUGGGAGACCAGAUGCUUCUGGAAGUGGUGUUGGAGGUCCAGUAGGAAGCACUCUUUCCUCUGAAGCUAAGCAGGGUUGGUCCCUGGAUGGGUGGGAGACCAGAUGCUUCUGGAAGUGGUGUUGGAGGUCCAGUAGGAAGCACUCUUUCCUCUGAAGCUAAGCAGGGUUGGUCCCUGGAUGGGAGACCAGAUGCUUCUGGAAGUGGUGUUGGAGGUCCAGUAGGAAGCACUCUUUCCUCUGGUCUAAAAAAUAUAUAUGUAACCUAGGGCAGUGAUUGAGGACAUUGCUCUGUGUAGGGUGCUGUAUUUCAGAUGGGAUGUUAAACGGGUGUCCUGAUUCUUUGUGGUCACUAAAGAUCCCCAUGUCACUUAUUGUAAGAGUAUGUUAACCCUGGUGUCCUAGCUAUAUUUCCAAUCUGGCCCUCAUACCAUCAUGGCCAACUAAUCAUCAUCCCCAGCUUCCAAUUGGCUCAUUCAUCCCGGUGUAACUAUUCCCUAGGUUGUUGCUGUAAAUGAGAAGGUGUUUAGGAGACCUGAGGCUUUGGAAGGUUUUGAUUUGGUGUGUUUGGAGAACUGGGGCUUUAUGAUAGGUGUUGAAAGAGGAAGUGGGACAAGCAGUGACGAUUAUUAGAUAUGGAUUUGUAGUUUCAGGGCAUAUGCACCGUAAAGAGAACCGUGGUGCUAUUUUCAUGUUGUUUUCUUUGUUGUAUUUCUGUUAUAUAAAAAGGAAACAUUCUCAAGUAGAUUUGCUCCGAAUAUUUUUUUCCUUCCUAUUUUUUAAAGGGCAAUUGAGAAGCUAUAUUGAAUAUAACAUGUACAUGCUUCUAUAUUGAGAAGCUAUAUUGAAUAUAACAUGUACAUGCUUCUAUAUUGAGAAGCUAUAUUGAAUAUAACAUGUACAUGCUUCUAUAUUGAGAAGCUAUAUUGAAUAUAACAUGUACAUGCUUCUAUAUUGAGAAGCUAUAUUGAAUAUAACAUGUACAUGCUUCUAUAUUGAGAAGCUAUAUUGAAUAUAACAUGUACAUGCUUCUAUAUUGAGAAGCUAUAUUGAAUAUAACAUGUACAUGCUUCUAUAUUGAGAAGCUAUAUUGAAUAUAACAUGUACAUGCUUCUAUAUUGAGAAGCUAUAUUGAAUAUAACAUGUACAUACUUCUAUAUUGAGAAGCUAUAUUGAAUAUAACAUGUACAUGCUUCUAUAUUGAGAAGCUAUAUUGAAUAUAACAUGUACAUGCUUCUAUAUUGAGAAGCUAUAUUGAAUAUAACAUGUACAUGCUUCUAUAUUGAGAAGCUAUAUUGAAUAUAACAUGUACAUACUUCUAUAUUGAGAAGCUAUAUUGAAUAUAACAUGUACAUACUUCUAUAUUGAGAAGCUAUAUUGAAUAUAACAUGUACAUACUUCUAUAUUGAGAAGCUAUAUUGAAUAUAACAUGUACAUGCUUCUAUAUUGAGAAGCUAUAUUGAAUAUAACAUGUACAUGCUUCUAUAUUGAGAAGCUAUAUUGAAUAUAACAUGUACAUGCUUCUAUAUUGAGAAGCUAUAUUGAAUAUAACAUGUACAUGCUUCUAUAUUGAGAAGCUAUAUUGAAUAUAACAUGUACAUGCUUCUAUAUUGAGAAGCUAUAUUGAAUAUAACAUGUACAUGCUUCUAUAUUGAGAAGCUAUAUUGAAUAUAACAUGUACAUGCUUCUAUAUUGAGAAGCUAUAUUGAAUAUAACAUGUACAUGCUUCUAUAUUGAGAAGCUAUAUUGAAUAUAACAUGUACAUGCUUCUAUAUUGAGAAGCUAUAUUGAAUAUAACAUGUACAUACUUCUAUAUUGAGAAGCUAUAUUGAAUAUAACAUGUACAUGCUUCUAUAUUGAGAAGCUAUAUUGAAUAUAACAUGUACAUGCUUCUAUAUUGAGAAGCUAUAUUGAAUAUAACAUGUACAUGCUUCUAUAUUGAGAAGCUAUAUUGAAUAUAACAUGUACAUGCUUCUAUAUUGAGAAGCUAUAUUGAAUAUAACAUGUACAUGCUUCUAUAUUGAGAAGCUAUAUUGAAUAUAACAUGUACAUGCUUCUAUAUUGAGAAGCUAUAUUGAAUAUAACAUGUACAUGCUUCUAUAUUGAGAAGCUAUAUUGAAUAUAACAUGUACAUGCUUCUAUAUUGAGAAGCUAUAUUGAAUAUAACAUGUACAUGCUUCUAUAUUGAGAAGCUAUAUUGAAUAUAACAUGUACAUGCUUCUAUAUUGAGAAGCUAUAUUGAAUAUAACAUGUACAUACUUCUAUAUUGAGAAGCUAUAUUGAAUAUAACAUGUACAUGCUUCUAUAUUGAGAAGCUAUAUUGAAUAUAACAUGUACAUACUUCUAUAUUGAGAAGCUAUAUUGAAUAUAACAUGUACAUGCUUCUAUAUUGAGAAGCUAUAUUGAAUAUAACAUGUACAUGCUUCUAUAUUGAGAAGCUAUAUUGAAUAUAACAUGUACAUGCUUCUAUAUUGAGAAGCUAUAUUGAAUAUAACAUGUACAUGCUUCUAUAUUGAGAAGCUAUAUUGAAUAUAACAUGUACAUGCUUCUAUAUUGAGAAGCUAUAUUGAAUAUAACAUGUACAUGCUUCUAUAUUGAGAAGCUAUAUUGAAUAUAACAUGUACAUGCUUCUAUAUUGAGAAGCUAUAUUGAAUAUAACAUGUACAUGCUUCUAUAUUGAGAAGCUAUAUUGAAUAUAACAUGUACAUGCUUCUAUAUUGAGAAGCUAUAUUGAAUAUAACAUGUACAUGCUUCUAUAUUGAGAAGCUAUAUUGAAUAUAACAUGUACAUGCUUCUAUAUUGAGAAGCUAUAUUGAAUAUAACAUGUACAUGCUUCUAUAUUGAGAAGCUAUAUUGAAUAUAACAUGUACAUGCUUCUAUAUUGAGAAGCUAUAUUGAAUAUAACAUGUACAUGCUUCUAUAUUGAGAAGCUAUAUUGAAUAUAACAUGUACAUGCUUCUAUAUUGAGAAGCUAUAUUGAAUAUAACAUGUACAUGCUUCUAUAUUGAGAAGCUAUAUUGAAUAUAACAUGUACAUGCUUCUAUAUUGAGAAGCUAUAUUGAAUAUAACAUGUACAUGCUUCUAUAUUGAGAAGCUAUAUUGAAUAUAACAUGUACAUGCUUCUAUAUUGAGAAGCUAUAUUGAAUAUAACAUGUACAUACUUCUAUAUUGCAGUUUUAGGGGAAAAGGGGAGAAAAAACGUUUAAGAAUUUGAAACCUACAAAAAGAAACGCUUGUUUUCUUUCUUGUAACGCUGGCUAGUUUCUACUGCCUGUAGAGAACUGUUAGUGAGCUCUGUCUUCAGUAUCGGAAAACAUUUAACAUACACACUAACAGUUGGACCUAUCAUGUGUGUAUCAUAUCUAUACCACAACCAUGCAGUAUUGCUUCACCUUCUUACAUUGUGCAAUGAUGUGCUUUAAUUGGAACGAGAACUAACUUGACCUUUUGAUGACCUUUCUUUGAGCCACCUGUGUGGGAUCUAUUACGAAUGCAUUCAUUGGCAUGUAGGCGUUCAUUUGGGCAGUUAUAAUGAGUCCUUGGCCUUUAUGAAUGCUUAUAGUGGUCCAUAUACUGCACUCUUCCCACUUAGUGUAAUGCAUAUAAUGAAUAUGUUUAUGAAGGCGUAAUGCAGUUGUUAAGGUGGUCAUAAGGAACCAUGAGCUGUUGUGAAUGCUUAUGACAAGUCUUAUAAUACACUAUGGAGUGAUCGACUGUGCUAUAUUUGCAGUCAUAAUGAUUUGUACACGAUUCCUAAAAUCUGCUACCUACCUUUUCUGUCUCCCUUCCUGCCAAAUAUGGAUUUAUCAGAAUACGUGUUGUUGUUAUUAUCUUUUGAGGUAAUGUUGUAUGUAAUGAGGAAGUGUGUUAUCCAGAGAAAUAGAAUUCUAGUUUCAUGGUUUUACCUUUGGGGAUUCUGUUUCCUGUCCUGCACAUUCCAACAGGCCGCUUGCCUUGGUGUCUGUCUGUUCCGUACCUGUACAUUUCCCUGUCAUAACUUCAGUGACUUUCUCUCCAUCUCCUCCUCUAGUAGUCCCAAGUCAUUACCCAGUAUAUUAAGCUAACCAAGCCCUUGAAAUGUGUUCUGGGAUUCUAUUCUUUGUUUGCUUUUUCAAUGUCGAUGUUGUUGAGUCCAGCCCAACAGCUCAGCAACAGUAAAGCCAAUGGAUCUCCAUCCAAAUGUAAUUCAUCUUCAUGGCAGCUCCGCUCAACUCUGUGCUUCUUCUUCUACCGUACUCGUAAUCGACAUACCUAUUUGGUCUGUUUGUCUUUCUGUCACUGUCACUGUUUUACCUGUCUUUGAUCUGUUUGUCUUUCUGUGACUGUUUUACCUGUUUUACCUGUCUUUGAUCUGUGUGUCUUUCUGUCACUGUUUUACCUGUCUUUGAUCUGUGUGUCUUUGUCACUGUUUUACCUGUCUUUGAUCUGUUUGUCUUUCUGUCACUGUUUUACCUGUCUUACCUGUCUUUGAUCUGUUUGUCUUUCUGUCACUGUUUUACCUGUCUUUGAUCUGUUUGUCUUUCUGUGACUGUUUUACCUGUUUACCCGUCUUUGAUCUGUUUGUCUUUCUGUCACUGUUUUACCUGUUUUACCUGUCUUUGAUCUGUUUGUCUUUCUGUCACUGUUUUACCUGUCUUUGAUCUGUGUGUCUUUCUGUCACUGUUUUACCUGUCUUACCUGUCUUUGAUCUGUUUAUCUUUCUGUCACUGUUUUACCUGUAUUUGAUCUGUUUAUCUUUCUGUCACUGUUUUACCUGUCUUUGAUCUGUGUGUCUUUCUGUCACUGUUUUACCUGUUUUACCUGUCUUUGAUCUGUUUGUCUUUCUGUCACUGUUUUACCUGCCUUUGAUCUGUUUGUCUUUCUGUCACUGUUUUGCCUGUUUUACCUGUUUUGAACCUGUCUUUGAUCUGUUUGUCUUUCUGUCACUGUUUUACCUGUCUUUGAUCUGUCUGUCUUUGUCACUGUUUCACCCGUCUUUGAUCUGUCUUUGAUCUUUGUCACUGUUUUACCCGUCUUUGAUCUGUUUGUCUUUGUCACUGUUUUACCUGUCUUUGAUCUGUCUUUGAUCUGUUUGUCUUUGUCACUGUUUUACCUGUCUUUGAUCUGUUUGUCUUUGUCACUGUUUUACCUGUCUUUGGUCUGUCUUUGAUCUGUUUGUCUUUGUCACUGUUUUACCUGUCUUUGAUCAUUUUGUCUUUCUGACACUGUUUUACCUGUCUUUGAUCAGUUUGUCUUUCUGACACAGUUUUACCUGUCUUUGAUCAGUUUGUCUUUCUGACACAGUUUUACCUGUCUUUGAUCAGUUUGUCUUUCUGACACAGUUUUACCUGUCUUUGAUCAGUUAGUCUUUAUUUUUUAACUGUCUACUUGUUUUUCUCCUGCUGUGCCAUGUCUUUACCGAGCCUUAUUGUCUUAUUGUUGGCUGGAGUGAAACUGACCUUAUUUGUGUUUCUUUAUUAUCUUGGUCAUGUUGAUUGAUUGAUUGAUGUUCUCUCAUUAUGUGUAGAAGAGGGAUUUGUUUUCUUGCUUAUGUCUGUCUGUGACAUCAAGUGGAUGGAUGACUUGAUGUCAUGAUGAAGAUGAUGUUGAAAAUAAGGCAGGUGUUGUAACUGUGAUAGAGAGAAAAUAAACACAAAUGGAAUGGAA